GGAACGAUAUCGAAAAUCCCGAGCAAAUGAAGGCAGCAAUCGAGUCCUUUGAAGGCAUCCCAGGAGUGAAAGUAACAGUGUGCGCUCUACCACCUGGUGUCAAGGGAAUGGCAGGGGAAUGGGAUGGUGUGAGCUCAUUAACAACAGAGUACCUCAACGAGUCCAUGACGGUGUGGAUUGCAUACAAUAAUGGUCCAGGCAAAGUCCUUCCUUUAACCAAUUUCUGUCGACCCCCAACGGUACCAAAACUUAUCCAUAGCGAGGAAACCGAGGACACAGUAUCAUUCGUCGCAGUGAAAGCAAGACAACAACCAAAGAAAUCUCGCGAACAAAAUAAUACUGAUCCAAUGGAAGACGAAAGCAAUGAUGAAAGAGUCGACACGUACAGCAAAUUAUUUCUCUGUCCUGAACAAGGCUGCAUUAAAUCAUUCCACAGGUACUCUUCUCUAGAAAGACCUUUGCAUUGUGACAACCAUACCUACGUACUAGAGCAUGAAACCCUUUAUGACAAGGCUAUGAAGCUAUAUGCAACAAAACUGGAAGAAGGAUCCAGUAAAAACCCGAUACCAACGGAGUCAGGGAGCGUCGAGUUGCCAGGGCCAGAUAUUGGCCCUGAACUUCAGAUGGGCUGGGCUUUGAGAACUUCCUCCAAGGGAAAGCGGUUUUCCGAUGUUCAGAAGAAGUACCUGGUUGACGUGUUUAAUGCUGGAGAGCAAACAGGGCGAAAAGCCGAUCCAGGUGAUGUGUCAACAGCAAUGAGAUCUACAAGAAACAGCGACGGCUCGCGACUUUUUAACACCGCAGCAGAUUGCAAGUUUCUUCUCACGAUUGGCGAAAAAAAAGAAGGGAAAAUACAGCGGGCGAUAAAGAUAAUGAAGAAAGGGGAGAUG